CUUCCUUCCUGUUCUAACUGCCAGUGCUCAGAAGUCAGCCUUGAGAGGCAGAAGCACCCAGGACGGAGACGUGAACCACUGAAUAUCAAAAUGACUGAAAAGGACCCAGAACCACACCUGGAGGAGGACGACGAUGAGCUAGAUGGCAAGCUCAAUUAUAAGCCUCCACCUCAGAAGUCCCUGAAGGAGCUGCAAGAGAUGGACAAAGAUGAUGAAAGUCUAACUAAGUACAAGAAAACGCUCCUGGGGGACGGUCCUGUAGUAGCAGACCCUUCGGCCCCCAAUGUCACUGUCACCCGCCUCACCCUGGUUUGUGAAAGUGCCCCAGGACCGAUCACCAUGGACCUCACGGGGGAUCUGGAAGCCCUCAAAAAAGAAACUUUUGUGCUGAAGGAGGGGGUCGAAUAUAGAGUCAAAAUUCACUUCAAAGUAAACAAGGAUAUUGUGUCAGGCCUGAAAUAUGUUCAACACACCUACCGGACUGGAGUGAAAGUGGAUAAAGCAACAUUCAUGGUUGGCAGCUACGGGCCUCGACCAGAGGAGUAUGAAUUUCUGACUCCAACCGAAGAGGCCCCCAAGGGCAUGCUGGCCCGAGGCACCUACCACAACAAGUCCUUCUUUACCGAUGAUGACAAGCACGACCACCUUACCUGGGAGUGGAACCUGUCCAUUAAGAAGGACUGGACGGAAUGAGCACCUCUGCCCAUCCCUUCCCCUCACACUUGCCAUCGGAAGAGCCCACAGUCAUGGUCGCCGCCCACUGCCCCAUCCCUCCCCGCCUCACCAUCGCGGCAGGGCCCCUUCCCCAGCACUCCCCUCCCUACGUUCCCACCUUCGUUAUUGCUGCGUCCUCCUCUACACUGUCCCCCACCGUGCAACCUCCUCCCACCCCUGCACAAGAUGCUUCUUCAAACCUGGGCUUUCAUCCUGCCCCACCCUUCCGAUCCCCUGUCAUGGCCAGAUUUCCGAAGUUCUUGGUCCCAACCUAAGAUCAUUUACUUUUUCCCUCUUUUAUUCCCAUUCAAGCAACUAGUAGCCAGGAAAUGGGCAAGCUAUCACUAGCAGUCCUUUGCAUUGGGUUCCAGGAUCUCAUUCCCACCCCUGGAUUUUUCUGUGGUUGCUGCUGGCUCAGUGAAGGUCCUUAAUCACAUUUCCUGCUAACUGGGGUUCUGCCUUUCUGGGAGACACUGUAAACAGCACAAGGGAAUCAGAAUAAAAGAAUUGUAUGAUCUGACUGAGAA